AUGUUGAAAAGACAAAGAGAAACAAGUUCAGAACCCGCUGUUAAGCAAAGAAGGUUGGAACAGAGGCUUCCCUCCCUACCAGUACAUGGAAAAAGACCUAUACUGAAGGCAGGACUGUCAUGGACAGUCAAAGGAAAGGAUGAAGGCGCCCAAGGUUCUUUCCUGUUUGACACCGGUUGUACAGGAGCAAUCCUCAACCAGAGUUUUGUCAGGAAGCAUGGAAUUCCCUUAGUGCGGCGGGAUCAACCUCUGACAAUGUUUGAUGCUCAAGGAGAUGUCAUGAUGGGAGGAGGCGAGUAUUACACUCACCCAGUCCGCAUGAUUAUGGGAGAUCAUAAAGAGACACUCCGAUGGGAAGUGGCUACUUUGGAAGAAGGAAUGGCCGGUUACCUGCCAAUUAGUUGGGCCAGGAAGCAUAACCCGAACAUCAAUUUCGAACUCAACACCAUGAGCUGGAGGAGUGACUACUGCAAGCAGAAUUGUCUCCCAGCGGCCACCAAGAUUGAACUGAUCUCUCCAUACCAGAUGUUGGAGGAAGAAGAAACAGUCUAUCAAUUGGUUGGUUCAGUAUGGCAUGAUGAGGACGGAGGUGAUAUUGCUGAGAAAAUACACCACCUAUACCGGGAUUGGGCUGAUGUGUUCAGUCAAGAGAAGAUUGAGGAAAUGCCUUCGCAUUCCCAUAAUGAUCUGAAGAUCAAACUCUUGCCUGGCACCGCUCCGCCAUUUGGCCCGCUAUACCCAUGUUCCGCUCCAGAAUUGAAGGCCCUCCGAGAGUACCUGGAUAAAGAAUUAUCUUCAGGAAAGAUCUCUAGAUCUAACAGUCCAGCUGCGGCACCCAUACUGUUCAUUCCUAAGAAGGAUGGGACAUUGCGGAUUUGUGUGGACUACAGAGGAUUGAACAAGGUAACUGUUAAGGACAAGUACCCGCUGCCUAUCAUGAGUGAGCUCAGAGAUAGGUUGUUCAAGGCCAAGAUCUUCACAAAGAUAGAUCUAAAGAACGGCUUCAAUUUGAUCAGGAUAGCCGAAGGUGAUGAGUGGAAAACCGCCUUCAGAACCCGCUAUGGACUGUAUCAGUAUAAUGUGAUGCCAUUUGGUCUAUGCAAUGCUCCCUCCGCUUUCCAGGCAAUGAUCAAUGAUGUGCUAAAGGAACUACUGGAUGAAGGAGUAGUUGUCUAUAUUGAUGACAUCCUCAUCUACUCGGAGACUGAGAAAGAGCAUGAGCUAUUGGUCAAGAAGGUACUACAGAAGCUUAGGGAAGCUAAGCUCUGUGCCUCGAUCAGUAAGACAUCCUUCCAUGUCCGAGAAGUAGAGUAUCUAGGCUAUCACAUCUCGGAAGAAGGAGUAUCUAUGUCAGAAGAUAAGGUGGAGGCAGUUAAGGAAUGGCCGGUCCCUGAGAAUAUCAAGGCAGUACAGGCAUUCCUCGGAUUCGCAAACUUCUAUCGCCGCUUUAUUGAAGGCUUCAGUAAAGUUUGCAAACCAUUAACUGACCUCCUGCAAAAAGACAAGAAAUGGUAUUGGACGGCAGCACAUGAGCAGGCCUUUGAAGAACUCAAGAGGCUGUUCACAAGUGCUCCAAUCCUCCUUCAUUUUGACCCUAGUAGGAGAACGGUGGUCGAGACAGAUGCCAGUGAUUUUGCCAAGGGAGCGGUGCUCUCUCAGUAUGGGGAUGAUGGGAAGCUACAUCCGGUGGCAUUCUAUUCUAAGAAGUUCUCCCCUGCUGAGAUCAACUAUGACAUUCAUGAUAAGGAAAUGGGAGCUAUUGUAGCCUCUUUCCGGGAAUGGGAACACAUGCUCAAAUCCUGUGAGCAGGAGAUCAUGGUUUUCACAGACCACAAGAACUUGGAGUAUUUUAAUUCUACCAAGGUUCUCACUAGGCGGCAAGCUAGAUGGUCUGAGGACCUCGCAGGCUACAAUUUUAAAGUUGUCUACAGACCGGGAGAAAAGAAUGGCAAAACUGAUGUGCUAUCUAGGCGCUGGGAUCACCUCCUUGGAGAGGGAGGUGAAACUCUGCAGCCGGAGCCACAGAUCUUUUUUAGGCCAGGUCAAUUGGUUUUGGAUCCUGCAAAGCUAGCGGCUGUCAGGGUGAAUCAAUUGCAGAAUACAUUCUUAGAGCGCCUAUAUGUGGCUGCUAAAGAGGAUAGUUUCUGGCAGGAACUGCACCGCUCCCUGGUUGAAAGGAAACCAAAUUUGGACCAGAACUUGUCGGUCAAGAACGGUCUCAUCUUCUACAAGAAUAGAUGGUAUAUACCCAAAGACAAGAAGCUUCAGAUGGAAAUACUGUCCGAUACCCAUGACUCUAAGGUGGCUGGUCAUUUUGGCCAAUUUAAGACACUAGAGCGGGUGAAAAACAACUUCUUUUGGCCCAACAUGGAUAAGGAUGUUGAGGAAUAUGUCCGGAGCUGUGAUAGCUGCCAGAGGAAUAAGACCUCAAGACACAAGAAGUUUGGUAUGCUCCAACCGUUGGAGAUACCCUAUCGGCCAUGGACUUCCAUCUCUAUGGAGGUAAUAGUGGACCGUUUUUCGAAGAUGGCACACUACAUCCCUCUUCCUACCCUCAAUAAAACGGAAGAUUUGGCUAAGCUGUUCUUGAAGGAAGUUUGGAGACUACAUGGUUUACCUGAUGACAUAGUCUCGGACAGAGAUAGCAGGUUCAUCUCUCACUUUUGGCAAUCUCUCAUGAGCCUCCUCAAUGUGAAGCUGAAGAUGUCCACAUCUUUCCACCCCCAAACGGACGGUCAAACAGAAAGAGUUAACCAGACCCUGGAGCAUUACUUGCGGAGUUAUUGUUCAUAUCAACAGGAUGACUGGGCAGAGCUCCUGCCUUUGGCAGAGUAUGCUUAUAACUCGGCGGUCUCUGAGUCUACCAAAGUAUCGGCUUUCUAUGCCAACUAUGGAUAUGAACCCAGGACCAACUGGCCGGCCCCAAAGGAAGGAGUAGAAUGGAACAAUCCAGCAAGCGAGGUCAUGAUAUCUCAAUGGGAAUCUAUCUGGCAGGCUAUGAACGCCAGCUUAGGUAAAGCUAGAUUAAGGAUGGCCCGGUGGUAUGAUGUUCAUGCCCUGGCACCGCCUGAAAUCAAGCCCGGAGAUGAAGUAAUGUUGGACCGGCGCAAUGUGCAAAUAAAGCGGCCUUUGGGAAAAUUGGAUCAGAAGAAGAUGGGACCUUUUAAGGUCUUAGAAGCUAUUGGUACCUGUGCCUACAAGCUCUCUCUUCCCCCUCAAAUGGGAAUCCACCCGGUCUUUCAUGUCUCUCUUCUGGAACCUUACAGAGCACCGGUAGAUCCUGAGAGAAGAGUUCCACCACCGGAAUCCGAGGAGAUUGAAGGAGAACAGAACUGGGUUGUCCGAGAGGUAGCUGAUAGCCGGGUCAAUAGGAAAGGAAGACGAGUGGAAUAUCUAGUGCUGUGGGAAGGCUAUGAGAACGAGGAUGCUACAUGGGAACCUUGGGAGCAUCUCAAGAAGAGUGCUGAAGAAGCCCUUGGGGAUUUUCAUAUGAGGUAUCCCAAGAAACCCAAGGAUAAGCGGAUUGUUGGGGUGUAG